GCUCACCUGCCUGCAGAGCAGAGUCCAGCGCCUGAAGGUCCCCGAAGCUGCUCCUCAUCCUCAUCCUCAUCCUCACGCGAGUGGACGAUGUCCGGGGAAAGACGCUUCGUGUUCAGUGCCCGAGUGAUCGGAGCCGUCCACAGGGACUCACCCAAGCUGAGGGUGUUCAUGAUAUCGGUGUUGUGGUCCGACAAGGCUGAAGUUAUUGUCUACAGGUCCUUCAGCGAUUUCAAGAAACUUCACAAGCAGCUGAAAAAGAGAUUUCAACCCGUGAACACUUUAAAGAAAAACGAAAGAGUGAUCCCCAAAUUUAGAGGCCAGGCCAGGAGGAACAGCCUCCAGCAGAAAGCAUCACAGCGAUGCGUCCAGCGCAUGAAGUUCCUGGAGACCUACUGCCACAAGCUGCUGAAGUGCGACCACGCGGUGACUCAGAGCUCCGAGGCGACUCACUUCUUCUUGCCCAACGACCACGACCUGCAGGCCGACUUCACCAAGAACAGCAUCGUGAUGCUGCUGUCUGACGAUGUGCCCGAUGGCGCCGCUGUGAGGCGUCAGCACGCCGCCAGCGUCACUCACCCGUUUGUCAGCCAGACUCACCGCUGCGUGGCUGCUUACGAGACAAAGGACACCAACAACCGGCCCUUUAAGGUGGCUGUGGACCAGGAGCUGGAGGUGCUGAUCAAAGACCCGGCAGGCUGGUGGCUGGUGGAGGACGAGGACAAACACCUGGCCUGGUUUCCUGCUCCCUACCUGGAGUUGUGGGACCAAGAGGGCGGCGGCGAUGAUGAUGAUGGUGACGAUGGUGACGAUGAUGUAUUCCCACUCGCAGGUGCCCUGUACUGUGCCGUGAGGAGUUACUCCACCAAGGAGGAGGACGAGGUGUCCGUGCCCAUUGGCUGCGUGGUGGAAGUGCUGAGGAAGACCGAUGACGGCUGGUGGUUCAUCAGCUUCAAUGGGAAGGCAGGUUACAUCCCUUCCAUGCACCUGCAACCCUACAACAACCCGCGGGCCGGCCUGUACAGCCUGCAGAGAAAGCUGCACGGUUCCACUCUGAACCUGGCGACCAGCAGGGAUCUUCGGCCUCCUCGUCCAGCAAGCGUCCACCCGCGGCCGUAUUCUGCCGGCCAGCCGGGGAGAGGGCCCAGCGAGCCAGGUCCCCUCAGAAAGGCCCGAUCCCUGGACAUCCUGUCCGAGGCCCAGUCGCAAUCCAUAACAGUGAGAGACGACUCCACCUCAGACGGCCGUGCACGCUGCAUGAGCAGCACCGUCACCGACACCAGCUUCUCAAACAGCCCAUCGUCCUCACGUUCAAGAGACAAGGACCCGCGUGAGAGUCCCACCGGCGGCCCUGCAGCCUCCCUGCAGCCCGGUGACGGGGGGAGCAGCGGCCCCAUUAGCGUCCUCUCGGGCCGCCGUGGCUCCAGCACCAGCUCCAGCUCCGACAGGUCCAGCACCAGCUCCGACAGGUCCAGCACCAGCUCCGACAGGUCCAGCACCAGCUCCGACAGGUCCAGCACCAGCUCCUACAGCUCCGGGUCUGCGAGCUCCAGCGGAGGUGAGACGCCCUCAGCGGCUCCCAGGGUUCCCCCCAGACCCAAGACCGAGGAGAUCCUGACCCGGUGCAGCACCAUGACCCGCAGGGCCGCCAUGGCCUCCAGGAGCCGGCUUCAGAUCCAGCCGGAGUCCAUCUACAGCCGCUAGCGAAUCGCUCGCCUUCUUUUUACGAGCUCUUAAGGGAACACCUGUUUAACCCGUUGCCAGGUGUGUUUGAUGCAGCAUUGUUGGAUCUUAAUUAGUUUUGUUGCACCAGAGACAAAAUGAACACAUGUGAAACUGUAUCAUCACGUAGCGUCAGAAGGAGCAGGAAACAACAUGAACUAGUCGUGUAAAAGAAAUGUGUGGAUUGUUGGCGUUAAUGAGGAAGUAGAGGUUUUUAUACCAACUGUUUUAUGUAUCUUUCUUUAUCACUCAUCACAAUUUUUUUUUAUACUGCUUUGGUGUUCGAAUGUAAUUAAUCACUGAGUUCUUGUUCACUUUUAUCAUUCACAGGAGUUAUUCUAACCAUAAUUUGAUUAUGACCUUCACUUUUCAUUUCAAUUGUAUAGUUAUUUACACUCAUGUGCAGUGGGUGCUACAUCAUAACCUGGUCACAAGUUCAAAUAUGUCAAUAAAAUCUAAUGUGCUCUUCAGUAA